CCGUAGGCGUUAGGACCCAGGGGAGUGUCACAAACCGGGAGAAAAGCAGAAGUUCGUUUGACAGCCCUGAACGACCAUUAAGGUUUAGAACAGUGGAAGCGUACCCGGAGAGAAAGAAACAAAAGUGUUUAGCGCACAAACGGACUCUUUUAGGGGUGGGAAAGACCCUUGGAUCCCGUAGUGGAUGGAGGCAUUGGGUCACUGGAAGACAAAUGAGAAUAAUCCCAAGCACAAUACCUUCAUGUUGGAAAGAAUAACAUAGACAAAGCAGGAGAACUGCCAAUUUGGGAAAAAAAAAAGACAAAAAUAAAAAACAAUCUGGAGAAAAGACACUGGGUGGAAAGGCAUGUCUGGAUACAAAAUGAUAUGAACAUUCUGCACAGUAUAGUAUCUGCAUAAUCAUCAUCACAUGGACAAAAGCCCAUCAUCUGAGAGCUUGCAAGUUUGUUAGUGUAACGAUGAAGCCUUGGCAUCCAAGUGUCACUAUGGAGGAGAAGCAGACUUAGCAUUGCAUUGUGUUGAAAGUUUCCACGUACCAGAAACAGACUGAAGUCAUUACAAAGUAGCUAUGGACUAAACAGGCUUGGCACUGGAGUCUGCAGAAAGUCCUUACUCUCCGGGGACAUUCUUGGCAUGAAUGUGUCCACAAAGCUGCUGCAGAAAGUCACUUCAGGCCACAAGCACUUUUGGCACUGCAGUUUCAGCACCUGCUUAGCAUUGGAGCUCCUACAACGACACUAUGGACCACACUCGGGCUUGGCUUUUAAGUGUGUAAAAAGUCACUAAUGUCCAGAUAAAAACUUGGCACUGGAGUGUGUGCAACGUCACUACAGAAAAGACACCGUUUUGGCAUUAGAAUCUCAAUACGGUCACUACAGGUCAUUCUUACGCCUGGCAUUACAAGUCCGAAGAAAGCCACUACUCCCCAGACAGGGCCUUGGCAUUGGAGAUUUUGCAGAGUCACUACAGAACAAUCAAGAAUCUGCAGAAGGUCACUUAAAACCAAACACAGCCUUGGCAUCCUAAUACUUACAGGUGUUUGGCAUUAUAGUCUACAGAAAGUCAUCUCUAGCCACAAACAACCUUUUUACACAGGAUCUGUAGUGACAACUGACCUCACACACGUGUGGCGUCACAGUCUGUAAAAAGUCAGUACGGAUCAGAGGCCAUCUGCAGCUGAUACUGAUCAGACAUACACUUGGCAUCAGACUCUCUACAGCUUUGCUAUAGAAUAGGCCUAGCAUUAGAAAUCGAUGCAGUUCAUCCACUCCAUGCAAAGAGUUAAUGGAAAAAUUGCCAGAGCACUGAGAAUUGUCUGACAAGUGAAGUCAUCCAUCUUUAAACGUCAGCCUUGUGUUUUGGUGCCUGUACAGGCCAUCAAGUGAAUGCUACAGGUGCUUGCUGGUAUUUCCACUGUGCCAACUUUCAGAUCUUGGAGAAUCCACUGUAACCAGUCAUUAAGUGUUGUGCCAGAGAGACGUGUCGAAAAUGGUUAUGUGGUGUGGCACCCGACUUUCAUGAUAAAUUGAAAUUCUACGUGCUUUUCUUCCGGCACGAUGAUGGCACACAAGCUCUGCAUUUUCAUGAGGUUAUUACUGUGUUGCUAUGCACUGCCAGCGACUGACGUCACUGCAGCGGAUGACGUGAUCUUCACGGAAGGUUAUUUGAAAGUCAGCUGCUCUGUGGGACUCAGCUGUCCAAGUGCUGUCACAGUUACGUCUCCUUCUGAGAUCGAAUUAGAACCCCCUGAACCUGACUGUAAGAGUUCUGCUCAGAGGACCAUUCUCCAUCCAGGCAAUUUAACCAUCCAGACUGCCCUGCGCUGUACGCCAUCCCGUUGUGAAUCUUGCCUCCGCUUGAAGUUUCACAUGUACAUCAAAGGGCUCGCAGCAAGGAUACCCAGAUUCAGUGAGAGUAUUGGUGUUCUGGCCACUAUGAAGAAGAACAAAACGCCAGUUGCUUUAGAUACUUUUUACAAUGAUGAUGAAGAUGGGUGGGAAGGGGGCAGUGGAUCUGAAAGGAAAGGUGACCUUGUGGCAGCCCCUCUGUGCACCACGGUGGUUGUGCAUGUGACAACUAGUCAGGUAUCAGAGAAAUUCCAUCUGACCUUGGCCCUGUCCCAUAAUGUGACAGAUAGGAAGCCCACCGAAAGUCAACAUGUGGGCCAUGUUGAAAUGGAUUCAUCUUUCAUACCAGUGGGAAGCAGUGUGUCAGUAUGGAUCGAAGAUAUGGAAAAAGCAGAGAUGCAUCAAGUUCCAUCUUGCAACCAUAACUUAAUGAAACAGAAUGUUGAAAGAUGCAGUGUGCCCUCUGUGAUUACGAUCCUGCACAAAAGUGAAGCCAUCAUCAGUCUAAAUGGCUCCAACCUGCACCGGUUUAACAAUGCAACUAUGUGUCGCAAAUUUGAGAAUGACACUUGCCUGAUUGCUGGAAUACUGAAUGCCACGCAUCCCUUCAGAAUUCCAGUCAGAGAGAUCACUCCUUGUCUGUGCUAUCAGAUUUGGUGGUCGGUUCUGUCAGACGCAAUGCGCUAUGAGUUCUGCCCCUUCAAGAAUCAUUCAGAGUUCUGGCAGAAUGUAUUGCAAAAUAUCUCAAUGCAUAUGGAGGAGACUAGUGGUCUGGUCUGGAAAUUUGAUGCCCCUUGCAAGGUGGAGGGUAACGUGUCGCUUUGCCUGAUAAAUCUGCUAGGCCACUGCACGGACAUCAAAGGCCAGACAUUUAAGCUGGAGAAAUUUGGAGAGUUCACUAACAUCACAGAAUAUACCAGACCCAAGUCCAAUCUGUGUAUGAAGGUAAGGCUCAACAAAAUGGACACACAUCUGGAUUUCCAUUGUCCCUUCAGAUCCUCCUUUCACAGCAUGGCCCUGCCAUUGCUGAGUCUGUUGGUUUUGGUAUUGCUUGGCACACUUUUGCUUGCAUUAGUAAAGUGGACCUUCAAAGAUUUGGAUGAAGGAAAUCAAGUUUUGAUUGUCUGUCCAUUUGAAGAGGACUUUGCUGUUGAAAUUAUUGUAUCCUCUCUGGGAAAAUGUCUGAAUGAACUUGGCUUCUCAGUGUCACUGGACCUGUGGAGUCGAAGCGAAUUGUGCACCCUGGGGCCAGUACCAUGGCUUCACUUUAGAUUGGGCCAGCUACGAAGUGAAGGUGGCAAAGCAGUGGUGAUAUUGACCAAAGGAUCUGUGGAACGUGCAGGGCAGUGGGUCAGAUACUUGGAGAACGGUGCUAAUGCAAGUCCUAACUACCAAGCAGCAGGUCUUUGCAGUCCCUACGUUGAUGUGUUCAGCGCUUCGCUCAGCUGCAUCUAUGCAGACAUUCUGCAGGGCCGUGCUGGUGAACGCUUUGUUCUGGCACAGUUUGAAAGUCCGUUCUUAUCAAGCCUCAAGUGCGAUAAGGUGCCAGAAAUCUUCCGUAGCAUCCCUGUAUACAAACUGCCCUCAAACAGCUUAGGUUUUCUCCGAGUACUCUCUUCUCACAGCCAUAAGUGGCUCCAGUCUUUUCGCUUGAGGGGUGCCUCCCACAUUCUCCACCACAGAAUGAAAGAAGUCCUGGAGGAGUUCCAACAGAAGAGCCAUGAGGACCUGGAGAACUGGAAGGAACAAUGGAGACAUUCAGCAUUUUCACAAAGCAGCACUGUCUCAGACUGUAGCAGUAAUGGCACGAACAUUACACAGGAAAUGUUGGAGACUUUACCCCUGCAUCCCUUCAACAAGCAUCAGUACAGAUCUAUGCCUUGUGGCAUACAGGGGCGUUCGUGUAUUUAAUACACGACAUGGACAUUCUGCCCAGGUGCUCCUUGGGAACACUUCUGAAGGACGUCUUAUGAUACUCAGGCAGACUUUUCCAUUUGCACCUUGAUGCAGUGACCUAGGUUUUUGUUUUAAAACUAUACACUAAAAUCUAUCAAGCUGAACUCGAAAUGGGGAAACUAGUGCGCUGUUCACAUGUCUGUAAUUAUGUAAAUUACUGGUCACGCUUGUGACAUUUUAAUGACGGAAGAUAACAAAUGUACUUAUUUAACACUAUAAUAUUGUAUGGAUUAUUUAGUUUGGACUUUUGUGCAAUUUGUGUGACAUAUUUACUGUUUGGUCGAAAGUACAUAGUGCUGCCUGUUCUACUGAGCACUACAGGUAACGUCUGGAGCUCGAGUGCUGAAUAGGCUUUCGGUCAGUAUAAUGGCAUUUGGACAAGCUAUUUUUAUAAUCCUCAUGCCUUCGUCUCUGUAAAGCAAUCAAUUCUUUAAUUGCAUGCGUUGAAUAUGUAAGAGGAAAUAAAUAAAAUGAAAAGACUUGGAUGCCAAUCACAGCUGGGUAGUCAGGACUGCCGUGCAGUGCCAGGCAGGGCUCACAUAAUUUCUAUGUAACUUCACCUCUUCUUUUAGGAGUGUGUGGAGAAUCGGAGAAGAUUAUCUGUCUCGGUGUGUACAUGGAUUAGGGCACUGGUUUUGGGUUAUGAAGAUCUCUUGUAGAACCCUCACAGUUUGUAUAAGAUGCACAUUUCUGGGUGGGUUAUGUGUGGCCUACUGAUUAAAGUGCUAAACUGUGCAUGACAAUGUGGCCGAUUCAGUACUCAGCAUUGUCUCACUGGUGAACCUAAAGGAAUCAUUAAUGUAAAUUAUUGUAAAAUACUUGUUGAAGUGUGAAGCAUCUUGGGACGGUUUACACAAUUAACAGUACAUCAAUCCAUUUUCCAAAUUUGCUUAAUCAAUAUUAUAGCAUCAAAGAGGUCCAACGCUUAUAUCGGCUUCAUUGGGGUGAAGGCAGAAACAUCCCUGGAAUGGGCAGCUGUCCAUCGCUUUCGCACCUACACUGGUCCAGAGUCACCUGUUAAUCUAAGACUGGGAAUGCUAAAGGCAAACUGGGGAACACAUCACAAAGGUGCCAUCUGGUUAAGUUACCAUCUUCUACUUCUACUCUGUGAAGGCCUGUUUCCAGGGUGCAUUUUACCUGACUCUAGGAAGGGCUCUUUUGUUCUUGUUUCUUUAUCCAGGUGGCAUUCAUGAAGGGAAUAGAGCUAUCUGGGCGUUUUUCGAUUAUCUCAAUGGCACAGGUCAGGUUUUCUUCUGUAUAUUAGUCACAGAUAAUGCACAUUGGAAUUAGCAGAAUUAUGAAAAUGUUGUGGUGUGCUCCUUUGAAAAAACAUCGGAUUUAUUGUAUAGUUGAACUUGUGUGACCUCUUGGGUUGAUGACUGUUAUUUCCUUGAUGCUUCCAUGAUUUUUCCCAGCUCCUAACACUGUAAUGGACAAGGUGGAUUCAGAAAAUGAAAGGAUCUAUGGACACUACAUAGGGUGCUUUUGGGAAGCAGUGCUUCUCAGCCCUAGUCAUGCUGUAGCUGGGGUUUUCGUGUUAACACUGUUGCCAUAGGAUGGCCAUUUUGUUUAACUUGAUACCUCCUUUCUGCACUCAGUGUGUAAAUUCAAAGAAGUGUCUGACUUAAUAUAUUUUUUGUAGCUUUUAAUACACAGUUUAUUUCCAUUUGGGUGUCAUCAUCAUCUUAACUGUUGAGUGUCAAGGCUUCAUCCACUUAAUUGUUUCUAUUGAUAAUUAACAGUACUACUUUUUUGUAACAAAAAGCAUGUGACCUAACCUUUCUGUGAUUCAGCUAUACAAAAUAAAUACUUAAACAAUGGUUAUAUCGGUCUGAACUUAAAGUGGUCACUGCACAACUCACUAUACUAGACUGUGUUUAGAUACAACUGUGUGUUAUCCUCACAAAAGCAGCUUUAGAAUGUAUUUAACAAUAAAUAACUUCCGUAAUAGAGUGGUCUCCCAUUCAGGCUUGUUUUCCGCUUUCACUCUCACACGGAAAAGGUGCAUUUAGAGAAUGGAUGAAAAUUAGCAAAUAAUUCAGUUAAAGGAAAACUGUGAGAAGUUAUGUUGAACUUGAAAAGCCGUGAGCAGCCUAUUUCAUUUAAACAUCUAUUUCCUGAUCCUGCUACACUCUACUAUGGAGUUGCUGGGGAUCAGAAAUCGCAUUGGGCACAAAGUAGAAACCAAUCCUAAAUGGGACCAUACUCCACGGCAGGUCAUGGUCACACUGAGAGAAUUUAGAGUGGCCGUUUGCCUGUGAAGCUAAGCUGCACGUCUUUGGGAUGUGGGCUGGAGAUCAAGUCUCCUACAAUUGUGAGGCAGUUGUGCUAAUGACUGCACCACCAUUUUUUGUCCUUCCCAAAUCUAAUCCCUUUUUCCCACACUAAAUUAUUCCCACUGGCUUUCCUCCACACGUGGGAGGUUCACCUCAACCUGAUAACUCUUGUUCUAUCUCGAUGGCAUUGCCAGCCAUGCUGAAGGAAUAACAUAGCUGCUGCUAUGGGGAGCAAGUUCUCUUUGCUUCAUUCAAGCUGCUUGCUGUCCAGGUGUGUGGCAGUCAUCUGCUGUUGUGUUUUUGCAAAAAGGUCUGUUCAAAUCUAUUGACUCCUCUAUUAUUUUGCUCUGUUAUGUUAAUUGCAAAUUGACCCUGCACUGAAAUUUGUGAAGAGGAAAACAAUGGUGUUAAGUAUUCAUCUUACAGAGGCAUUUACAAAUUUGCAGUUUAUUCUUGUGGCUUGCAGUCAGUUGAAUCAGCAGCUUUAUUUGGCAAUGAACUACUUACUACACGUGUGCUCUACUAAUAAAUUAUUUUUCAUUAUAAAAGUGGAUUUUUAUUUAUAUUUAUUCUGGUGCAUGUUGUGUUUUAAUGUAAGCUCUGUAAUAAAUAUGGUCUCACCCUUAA